UCGAGGAGGAGUGGCCUAAACUGGCGGCGCGACGUUGAGCUUACUCGGGCGCGACGGUCUUCCUUGAAGGCCCAACGGAGCUGGUGGGCGCUGAAGGGGUAACCGGGAAGGGCUCUUGGCUGCGUUUGCGCUGCGGAGUGCUGGAGUCCCCCGCCCCAAGACACUGUGCCCCUUCGCCCGGCUCCCGUGCUCUCCAGCUACCAGUCCGUUCCUGAAAGCUGUUGCAGUUGUAACAAAGAGCCCGCCAGGCCUCCGCUGCCCAGGCUCCGGGACCCAGGAUCCCGACGAGCGGCUGAGGGUGAGCGCGAGCUGGGUCAUGAGUCCAGGUUCGCGGCGGUGAGGGCCGACUUUGAAAGCGCUGGUGCGGGCGGAGAGGCCAGCGCCUCCUUCCUCGCCGCCCGCGGGACUCGGGACUCAGGUGCCUCGGCUCCCGUGCGUCUCCACGCAGGAUAGCGGCUUCACGACUGUCCCUCGGCGGCGCCUGCCUUUCAGCUACAGGAGACCGGCGCUUAGCCCUGGCUACCGAAGCCCAGAUUUCUCUGCGGGACUCAGAGAGGACCCGGCUCUUCCCAGAGGUGUUCUGAAGUUUUAUGGGAAAAAAAGCUGGGUUUUGUUUUUAUAAGUCUCCACUUCUAGAAAAUUUUGCCACGUUUGAAGUACUGUCUACCUCUUCGCAUCCUUUCCUGCUCCUGGAGGCUUUUUCCUCUUAAGUUUUAAACAUUUUCACUGUCGGAGCUGACCAGGGAUGAACGUUUUGUAAUCGAAAGUAUAACUGUUAUAACCACGUCGGGAGAGUAGCCAAGAUGGAUAAAAAGUCUUUUGAAACUGUGCUGGAUGAAAUUAGAAAGGCUGUUUUGACAGAGUACAAAUUAAAAGCAAUUGAAUAUGUGCAUGGAUAUUUCUCUAGUGAACAGGUGGUUGAUUUACUGAGAUAUUUCUCCUGGGCUGAGCCUCAGUUGAAGGCAAUGAAAGCAUUACAACAUAAAAUGGUAGCUGUUCAACCAGCAGAAGUGGUCAAUAUACUCAACUGUUUCACCUUCAGUAAAGACAAGCUAAUUGCUCUUGAACUGUUAGCUUCAAACAUUGUUGAUGCACAAAAUUCUCGUCCCAUUGAAGAUUUAUUCAGGAUAAAUAUGUCUGAGAAGAAAAGAUGCAAGAGAGUACUUGAACAGGCUUUCAAGGCAGGCUGUAAAGCUCCUCAUGCUAUGAUAUCUUCUUGUGGAACAAUCCCAGGAAAUCCAUAUCCCAAAGGAAAACCUAGUCGCAUAAAUGGAAUUUUUCCAGGAACCCCUUUGAAAAAAGACGGUGAAGAUUGUACCAACGAAGGCAAAGGAAUAGCUGCACGGAUUCUUGGACUGUCUAAACCACCUCCUUCAACAUACAAUCCACACAAACCUGUUCCUUAUCCAAUACCUCCAUGCCGGCCACAUGCAACUAUUACACCAAGUGCUUACAACAAUGCAGGUCUGGUACCAUUAGCCAAUGUCAUAGCUCCAGGGGUACCCCCUCCACCUCCAUAUACUCCUAAUCCAGUAGGAACAGAAAAUGAAGACUUUUCCAAUCAGUCAAAACAUAUACAGAAUCAAACAUUUUCUGCCCCAGCAAGUCAACUCUUUUCUCCUCAUAGUUCUAACCCUUCAACACCUGUCGCAGCUCCUGUCCCUACUGCAUCCCCAGUGAAGGCAGCAAAUUAUUCAUCAGCAUCAGCAACUGCCGCUAUUUCUGGGCUGAAUAUGCCAAAUACUGUCCUUCCUGUAUUCCCAGGGCAGGUCUCCUCAGCUGUUCAUACACCUCAGCCAUCAACGCCGAAUCCAACAGUUAUCAGAACCCCUUCAUUGCUGGCUACACCUCUCACCUCUGUCCACAGCACAGCAUCUGCUCCUGUUCCUUCAGUUUUUUCUGGUCUAGUUCCACUGCCAGGUCCUUCUGCGACUCCUACCCCAGCCCCUCAGGUCACAUCCACACCUCGAACUACUCCUGCUUCCAAUGAAACAUUUGCUUCUACUUCUGCACCUUUCACUAGCCUCUCCUUUUCUGCCACAUCUGCUGCUUCUACCAGCAACCCAAAUACUGCUUCACUGUCAGUUUUUGCAGGUCUCCCCUUGACCUUAACACCAGCAUCCCAAAGCAUGUCCAACCCAACUUCUGUAAUUACCAGUGUUUCUGCUCCCAGUGUUGCUUGUCCACUUAGUGUAAAUAAUCAUCUUCUGUCUGCUUUAAAAGGCUUUCUGACAUCAAAUGAUACCAGUUUAAUCAACUCUUCUGCUUUAUCCUCUGCUGUUACUAGUGGACUGGCUUCACUGUCUUCUCUUACUAAUCACAACUCAGAUUCUCCUGCUUUUGCCUCUAACAAGUGCUAUGCCCCAUCAGCCAUUCCCACCCCACAGGGGUCUUCCACUCAGGGAUUGGCCAUGUUCCCUGGCCUGUCAUCUCCUGUAGCCAGCUCGACUUCCUCUCCUGCUACUUUGCCUGUCCAGUCUCCUCUAGCUACUCCAACAUCAACUUCAACUUCAGGGCCAAUUAGCUCUGGUUCCUCAGCUACCCUUUUGCAUGGCCCCCAUCCAAGUAAUUCAGACCAGCAUAUUUCAUCUACUCCUGCUGUAACAACUAUUCCUGUUAUGAUAAAAACUGAGCCCACGAGUCCUACUCCCUCAGCCUUCAAAGGCCCAUCUCUUUCCAUGAAUCCCUCUCAUGGCACUUUAGGUUUUUCAGGGACACUGGGUCGUGCAUAUACUUCAACAUCAGUGCCCAUCAGUUUAUCUGCUUGCCUUAAUCCUGCAUUGUCAGGUCUUUCCAGUUUGAGUACUCCCUUGAAUGUUUCAAAUCCCCUUUCCUCUAUUUCCCUUCCACCACAUGGUUCCUCUACUCCAGUCACUCCAGUAUUCACUGCUCUUCCUCCUUUUACUUCUUUGACUAAUAAUUUCCCUUUAACAGGCAAUCCAUCUCUUAAUCCAUCAGUAUCUCUUCCAGGGUCAUUAAUAGUCACCUCAUCUGCAACUGUCUCAUCCACAUCUAUCCCUCAUCCUAGUUCUACAGCAGCUGUUCUCUCAGGGCUUUCUGUCUCAGCAUCAGUCUCAGCAGCACCUUUCCCCCUUAAUUUGUCAACUGCUGUCCCCUCACUUUUUUCAGUUACUCAAGGACCUUUGCCAUCUUCAAAUCCCUCCUACGCUGGCUUUUCUGUCUCUAACACCCCCAUUGUUACCACUGCUCUCCCUUCAUUCCCGGGGCUGCAGACACCUGCUACAGUCGCAGCAGUCACACCAUUACCUGUUGUUGCUACGGCCCCAUCACCAGCUCCUGUCCUCCCAGGAUUCGCUUCAGCAUUUAGUUCUAAUUUCAACUCUGCUCUUGUUGCACAAGCCAGCUUAUCAUCUGGACUUCAAGCUGCAGGCAGUUCUGUUUUUCCAGGCCUUUUGUCUCUCCCAGGUAUCCCUGGGUUUUCCCAGAAUCCUCCACAGUCAUCCUUGCAAGAAUUACAGCAUAAUGCAGCUGCACAAUCAGCAUUGUUACAGCAGGUAAGCAGGUCCAUCCAGCUUCGGCUCUGGAAAGCUAUCCAGCUCAGCCAGAUGGGUUUCCUAGUUAUCCUUCAACUCCAGGAACACCAUUCUCUUUGCAACCAGGCUUAUCCCAAAGUGGGUGGCAGUGAAUAUAUUUUAAUUUGUAUUCUCCUUGGGAGCAUCAUCAGAAUUACCUAAGGACGGCAGUGAACAUUCUGACAAAUGUGAAAUUGACCAAAAGUCAGAAAAUGAAAAUGAGGAUAAUCCUGAAGAAAUCUGGAUCAAACUUUAAAAACAUGAUUACAUUUUUAAAAAUGGUUUUAGGUAUGAACAGUUCCCUCUGUAAAUAUGCUGACAAUGAAUUGUAUGGAGGACUAGUAUUAAAAAAGUGUUUGGGAACUUUUCACUUUCCACUCCAUGGAAUUUUGAGUCGUGUGAUUUAUUUAGAAAGAAUACUAAAGUGGAGGUUGAACUCUCUAUAGCCGAAUACAGCCUUAAAUCUGCUUGUAUAGCAUCCAGUGACAUAAGUAAUAGUUGUGCCUCAGUCUUAUUGGUUGCACGUGGCCCUGGGGGAGUUACUACCCUAGGUAUGCAUGAGUGGUUCCUAUUAGCAUCAUUGGAACUCAGUACCCCAUAUGUAUCCACAAGAGGACUUGAGACCACAGUUAUUUAUAAUUUCUGAUCAUAUAUGUACUACUGAAUUAAUUCUAUAUUUAGGUAAGUGAAAAUGGUGCUUAAUUUAGUCUUUAGAAUGACUUUCAGGUGUUUUUGACUAAAAAUAUAUAUCCAGAACUACUUUCUUACAGAAAUACAAGUAAGACUUGUAAUAAUUUGCCUUUAAAACUUAAUCUCAGCAAUAGCCGAAAAUUGGAGAACAUGUGACUGACUCUUGGGCCACCUCUAUUGCAUUGUACUCUGGAAGCUCUUGGUGAAUGUUUACAGUUAUGGGAUGUAGUAUUUCUGUUGUACUUAAAGUCAAUGGUUAUCUAAAAUAAUUAUGUGACAAUAAAUAGAAAAGACUUGUUCUGUUAGUAAAUAUGCAGUGUGUACCCUAUUUAAGGAUCUGUGGUAGUAGAACUUGAUUGAAUGUCAUUAAUUUAAGUAUGAUAACUGCCACAUUUGAGGUGAUAGGAGAGUAGGGAGAAUGAUUUUCAAUCCCGUGAUUAAAAGUAUAAACUAUAGAAUAUACUGUAGCACAUUUCAGCAUCUAGAAGUUUUACUUUUAUAAAGAUGGUGUUUGCAAGACGUUGCUAAUGUAUUUUCCUUCAACAUGAGGAACAAACUUUUUAAGUAUAUUAAUAUUCCUGUAUGGUUAGUUUUUAACAAUUUUUUAAAAUAAACUUUAUGGAUAUGACAUUUUAUAAGUGUUUUAUUAAAUGCUUAGAUAGGCUUUUUAAUUUUUUGUAUAUGCUAGAGAUAAUACAUAGAAAAUUUUUGUCUGAAUUUAGUUGAAACUCAAUAUAUACCACUGAUUGCUCACUACUUUAAAUAUAUCUUAUGCGAAAGUUAUAACCAACACUUGAAACAGACAAUUUGUAACUUUAAUUAUUUUCAAACAGAGAGUGUAACUUUACAGUUAAUCUGAGGCCAGUUGCCAGAAAUCGUCAUUUGUUCUUUUUAAGUCUAUACUCAUAAAACUCUUUUAGGAUUAUAUAGUGCCACUUAUAUAUGUUGACCUUUCUUAUUGGAUGACUAAUCUUUCUAUAGUGAUGCUACUACAGGUUUAUUUCUAUUGUCCUAUGAGCCCAUUAUCAUCAUAGUAAAGGAGCUAUAUCCUGUUCAUCUUUUAGAUGUAAUUCUGACAUCUUGCACAUAUUGGGCACUCAAAGAGUUAUAUAAAAAUGAAGAGAACAUUUUUGGAGUACCUAGCAAUAAUUGCUGGUUUUAUGUAACACUCAAUCCUAUGAGGUAAGUAUUAGCAACCUAAUUAACCAGAUAAAGAAGCCAAGAUGUAAAUCACAGUGAAUAAGUGGUAAUUUGAACCAAGCAAUACCAAUACCAGACUAUUUGUAUACUACUAAGUGUUUGAAAACAUAUAAGAAGAUGAAAGUCCAAAAAGAUCUCUCAGUGACAUUGAAAUCUUAAUGAGUAAAAAGUAACAUCCUUUAUAAAGGCACAAAGUAUGACAGACUAGCUUAGUAAUAUAAUCAUAGACCGGAUGGAGUUUGAAUGAAAUUUGUUAUUUUAGAGCGUGUGGGUAAAAAAGGGGCCACAUACUAAAACUGACAAGCUCAGGGGAGGCCCACAUGGUAGGCCUUACAAACAGACAGAAAGUAACAACACAGGGUGCUCUGAACGUAAAAAUUGUAACAGCAAGUCAUGGUGGGUAGUCUUGUUCUAGGCCUGUAGCUUCUUUGACAAAGGUCAGUCUUUGAAACAGCAAUUUUCCUUUUCAGACCCUUUGAAGGCACAACCACCAACACCAGAGACCAAGACCAUGUUGUUACCUUGUUGCCCACAUUCUCUGUGUGCUGUAAAUGUGAACUAUGUUGUAGGCACCAAUGUAAAAGAAAUAUGUCUCUCUGUUUUGCUUUUUAUUCAAUCUCAGAGAUUUACCCACUUUUUCUCCCACCUCCCUAAUCUAUCACCAGUGAAUUUCAUGUAACCUACCUUCCUUCUCCUUGAUUCUUAUGUAUAAAAUAAGCUUCAAAACUGCCAUUCUCCAGAGCAUUUCCUCAGUCUGUUGAGAUUUUCCUUCCCGGCAAUUGUCAACAGUUUUGCUCAAAUAAACUCAUGACUUCUUUUUAGCCUGAA